AUAAUAGCAUCAAUAACUCCCUAAAAACACAUUAGCCAAGGAGACAGCAUUUAAACGAUGGAACCGAGCAAUGGGAAGAAUUUUCUCCACAACAACCCUUAAAGACUGUGAUUGACUGUUCCCUUCCUUUAAUCUGCAUCUUGUACGUUGUUUCCAAUGUCCAAGAGAGAUGUCAGAUUCCCCACACCCAAUCUUUUUUUAAAAUAAGAAAUCACCAUCAUUAGGAGAGCUUGCGAAUUCAGUUUCCUGUGCUCAGCUGCUUGGCAGCCGAUAAAGGAGGGAGGCAGUGUGUUGCUGGGUAUAUACAGAAGAACUGCUAGAAUAGAUGUCAGAUUCCACCGGCUAGUGCAACUGCUUUUGAGAGCUCCUAUUUCUGCCUUGGCUGCCCAGUAUCCCCCUUUCUCUCUGAUUGGAAGUUUUGGGUUUAUUUGAAUGUGCUUUGCAAGGGAAAGAGUGAGCCUAUUCACGAGGAGAAGAGCUGGUUCUUUUCAGCACCACCAAAACGGGACAGCUCCCACGAAGUCUUUGGACUGCAACCCUUCUGAUCCUUUUGUCCUACCACUAACUGGACUCUGGAGCCACCUGGUAUCAUGGAGCUGUCCACCAUCCCCGGUGCUGAAAUAUUUUACAACAGCACCUUGCAGGACUUUAGCUCAAGUUCUCUCACAACUUCUAAUGCCACAAAUCAAUUGCCAAUGAAAAAUACUACUUCAAUCAUCAUAGCUAUUGCUAUCACCGCCCUGUAUUCCGUCGUAUGUGUGGUGGGACUUUUGGGGAACAUCCUGGUAAUGUACGGCAUUGUCAGAUACACCAAGUUGAAAACUGCCACCAACAUCUAUAUCUUCAAUUUAGCCCUGGCAGAUGCCUUGGCCACCAGUACUCUGCCCUUCCAGAGUGCUAAGUAUCUGAUGGAGACCUGGCCAUUUGGGGAACUGCUUUGCAAAGUCGUCCUCUCCAUAGACUACUACAAUAUGUUUACCAGCAUCUUCACCCUGACGAUGAUGAGCGUAGACCGGUACAUUGCCGUCUGCCACCCGGUCAAGGCCUUGGAUUUCCGGACCCCGGCUAAAGCGAAGUUAAUCAAUGUUUGCAUCUGGGUUCUCUCCUCUGUGGUUGGAGUGCCUAUCAUGGUCAUGGCUGUCACUAAAUCUCAAGGUGGCAUUACAAUCUGUCUCCUUCAGUUUCCUGAACCUCAAAUAUACUGGGAUACGGUUACCAAGAUCUGUGUUUUUAUCUUUGCUUUCUUGGUUCCCAUCUUGGUCAUCACCGUCUGCUACGGGCUCAUGAUUCUCCGCCUGAAGAAUGUCCGUCUCCUCUCAGGUUCCAAGGAGAAGGACCGCAAUUUGCGCCGUAUUACGCGCAUGGUGCUCAUUGUGGUAGCAGCCUUCAUCAUCUGCUGGACUCCCAUCCAGAUCUUUGUCAUUGUUUGGACUCUGGUUGGCAUUGACAAGAAGAACCCUUAUGUCAUGGCCAGCCUGCAUUUUUGUAUCGCCCUGGGCUACACCAACAGCAGCCUCAACCCUGUCCUGUAUGCUUUCUUGGAUGAGAACUUCAAGAGAUGUUUUAGAGAGUUCUGCCUCCCGUUCCGAUCACGGAUGGAGCAGAACAGUUUUAGCCGGGCUCGGAAUAGCACCCGAGAACGUGUUUCUACCUGCACUCCAUCAGAAGUCCUUCAUAAGUCAGCAUGACUAGACAUGGACAGCCACAAAAGAGGUUUCAGCAGAGGAAGCCAAGGGGAAGAACUGCACUCUGAAAUUACCCAGGUCACCACCACAGAAUUCUAGCCUGAACCUGAUGCAGGAACCAUUCAGGAAAAGGCACCACCACAAAUCUGGUGAACCUUUCAGAGUUCUUUAGGACAUCACUCUCCAAGCUGAUGCACUGGGACUACAGUUCUCCAAAUUCUUAUUAAGCACUUCCAAACACACCUGGAGGACCACAUAUUUGGGGAAAGACACACUAGGGUUCCCCCCCCCCAUUCGACCUAUGACAAGCCCAAUUUCCGUUCUGCAAAAUGGUCUCCAUUUGUCAAUUGUUAUAUGGCUGCGAAUUUCUUAAAUUAAAAAAAAAAAUCUUUACAUUUUUUUGAGUGAAGUCUCAAAGAGGCAUUCAAUGAAUGCUGUGUAUGCGUGCCCAUGUGUACAUAUACAUUUUUGGAUUUCUGAAAUCAAAUGCCUUCAAAUGGUUUGAAGAACUCACAGCAUCCGUUCCUGCUUCACCGAAGAUAUUUUUACUUUGGCUUUACCAAUUAGUGUCUCGUUGAUGGCUUCUUCCUCCCUUCUCUCACCAGUUACAUGCAUUUGACAAGCCAGUAUCAAAUCCUCUUUCACAGUUGCGAUGGUUCAAUGGAAGCAUCCCAAAGUAGCUGAAUGGGAUGUUUUAAGAAGCCAUGCAUUUGUAAACCAAACUUUCCAAUGGCUACGAAAUUUAGUUAUCCAUUCAGAGAAAGAAAGAAUAGCCUUUGAUUUGUAAAGUUGGAGCACUCAAAUCUCGGCCUCUGUAGCAACCAGGAAAGCAAUGAACCGAAGAUACAAAAUUCUGCCAUUAGUGACUUAAUCUCUAUGUAAUCGGUGUUAUUUGGCAGUGCAGGUUAGAUUCUUGUGGAUGCCAUGCCUCAUUCAGUGGUGUCCCUUCUAUAUUGCUUCUCAAAAGGUCAGGAAAAGAAGGAAACCAGGGUUCCAUAUCAAGAGUGGGUUUCCUGGUUCCAGAGAACUAUGAACUCUAGAUGGAAAGAGAUUGAACAUUGGAAACCAACAAAAAAACAUUUCCCCACGAUCCAUGGCAAGUUUCCUCCUUGCAGAGUCUCAGUUUCUUCAAUGUUCCACACCGUCAGAAAGCAACAUAGUGGAGACUACAAAUUCAAACCAGGGUCUUGAGCAGUACGAAACCCUUCCUUAUAAACAUGUCUUAGGUGUUUUCCUGACUGUUCUGUUGUACGUACCUCCAAAAGCCUCUGCAACAUGUUGGUACCUCUGCUCAGGAACUCUAUCAUGGAAUGAGGGUGUAACUUGAUUGUUCUUCACUGUAGAUAUGAACCUGUGAUCAGUACUCCGGUGUUGCUCAGAAGGCAGCUCCUUGGGCCUUAGGCAACUGAGAUUGCAUGAGGCAGAGCUGAAAGUAUUGCAGAUGAACUUGUGUUCUGCUUGGCAACAAAUGAAAGCAUUGUAUUGGCCCCUGUGAAAACAGAAUGCUGGACUACGUAGGCAUUAAGUCUGGUCCAGCAGACUUACAUUCUUAGAUUGCUUAAGUGUUGGAUGUUCAGCUACUUCUGUAUUGCUAUAAUUGCCUUACCCUCGUAGAAGCUGCAAAUCAGGUGGCCCUUUGCAUUCCCCAUACAAUCUCUAAUUCAUUUAGAGCUUGUUGUCUGAAAAAGGCAUUGAUGUGAAAUCAUUUUGUCAAGUUAAGGAGGAUUCCUAUUUCAGUGGCUCAAUAAAUUGCAGUCAAUGAA